GCGCCUGCGCAAGAGCCGGUGCGUAUUUGCCUGUACCUACGCGAGAUGCCAGUACUUCUGGUCAGUUCCCAGGAGCGGCAAGUGAGGAAUAUGAAAUAACCUUAUGGCUGAAUCAGGGUGAAGGGGAAGCUUGUAAGCAUGGAAGACGCUCUACUCAAACUAAAAAGUUCAAGUUCUGAUCCAGCAGAUGAAGAGGGAGGCCUGAGAGGCUGCUGUUCUAACUCGCUCCCAGAGACGGGGCCUUACUCUGCUGCCCAGGCUGGAGUACAGUGGCACAAUCAUAGCUGAUUGCAGCCUCAAACUCCUGGGCUCAAGCGAAACUCCCACGUCAGCCUCCUGAGUACCUGGGACUACAGGUUCAAGUGAUUCUUCUGCCUCAGCCUCCCAAGUAGCUGGAAUUACAGGUACUGAGGAUGGAGGACAAGGGGUCAGUGGAGACCCAGCUUUGAGCAGAGCCCUGCCUAAGGUCCAGGGCUCGAUCUGGCCCUAACCACAGAGUCACCUUGAGGAUUCAGUGGCCUUUGAGGAUGUGGCUGUGAACUUCACCCUGGAGGAGUGGGCUUUGCUGGAUCCUUCCCAGAAGAAUCUCUACAGGGAUGUGAUGCGGGAAACCUUCAGGAACCUGGCUUCUGUAGGAAAACAAUGGGAAGAGCAGAACAUUGAAGACCCAUUCAAAAUUCCCAGGAGAAAUAUAAGUCAUAUUCCAGAGAGACUCUGUGAAAGUAAAGAAGGUGGUCAAGGUGAAGAAACCUUCAGCCAGAUUCCAGAUGGUAUUCUGAACAAGAAAACUCCUGGAGUAAAACCGUGUGAAAGCAGUGUGUGUGGAGAAGUUGGCAUGGGUCCUUCAUCACUUAAUAGGCACAUCAGAGAUCACACUGGAUGUGAACCAAAUGAAUAUCAGGAAUAUGGAAAGAAGUCAUAUACACGUAACCAGUGUGGACGAGCCUUGAGUUAUCGCUCUUUUCCAGUACGUGAAAGGACUCAUCCUGGAGGAAAGCCCUAUGAUUGUAAGGAAUGUGGAGAAACCUUUAUUUCUCUUGUAAGCAUUCGAAGACACAUGUUAACGCAUAGGGGAGGUGUACCUUACAAAUGUAAGGUGUGUGGGAAAGCCUUUGAUUAUCCCAGUUUAUUUCGUAUACAUGAAAGAAGUCACACUGGAGAGAAACCUUAUGAAUGCAAGCAAUGUGGGAAAGCCUUCAGUUGUUCCAGUUACAUUAGAAUACAUGAAAGGACUCACACUGGAGAUAAACCCUAUGAAUGCAAGCAGUGUGGGAAAGCUUUCAGUUGUUCCAAGUACAUUCGAAUCCAUGAACGAACUCACACAGGAGAGAAACCCUACGAAUGUAAACAGUGCGGUAAAGCCUUUAGGUGCGCCAGUUCUGUUCGAAGUCACGAGAGGACUCACACCGGAGAGAAACUUUUUGAAUGUAAGGAAUGCGGGAAGGCUUUGACUUGUCUCGCAAGUGUUCGAAGACACAUGAUAAAGCACACUGGCAAUGGACCUUAUAAAUGUAAGGUGUGUGGGAAAGCCUUUGAUUUCCCCAGUUCAUUUCGAAUCCAUGAAAGGACCCACACUGGAGAGAAACCCUAUGAUUGUAAGCAAUGUGGGAAAGCCUUCAGUUGUUCCAGUUCGUUUCGAAAACAUGAAAGAAUUCACACUGGAGAGAAACCCUAUAAAUGUACAAAAUGUGGGAAAGCCUUCAGUCGUUCCAGUUACUUCCGAAUCCAUGAAAGAACUCACACUGGAGAGAAACCCUAUGAAUGUAAGCAAUGUGGGAAAGCCUUCAGUCGAUCCACUUACUUUCGAGUACAUGAAAAAAUUCAUACUGGAGAGAAACCCUAUGAGAACCCUAACCCUAAUGCUUCAGUUGUCCCAGUUCUUUCAUGAGCAUGAAAGGAGUCACAUAGAGAAACCCCAUGAAAGUAAGAAAUUUGGGAAAGCCUUCAGUCCUUUCUGUUUCUUUCAACUACGUGAAAGGAUUCACAGUGGAGAAAGACCCUGUAAGAUAAUUGGCUUUAAAUUACGAGCGACUUGUGAUAGGACAGUAAAACCUAGAGUUGGAAUUGGAUCUCUGGAUUGUGUUAUGUCAGUGUUGGUAGGUUAGGAACUAGAUUUCCCAGAAUCCAUUCCAUUUGUGAUUCCAUGAUACAAUUCACCAGUAACCUAUCUUACAUGAGAUUCAGAAGUAAGUUAAGAAGGCAUUAGUCAUGGUUUGGAAGCACCAUACAGGGACACAGCCAUGUGAAUACAGGCUGUAUGGACACCUGCUUCCAUCCCAUUUUCCUGCUUCUUUGGGUUGCCAAUCAAGAGUAUCCUCAAAACGACUUGACUUUAAUUUUCUCGGAGGUGAUAGGCUUCCACACAGGUCUCCAGAAGCCCCGCAUUGAAUAUCCAUCCACACUUUGGUUUUCCUUCAGACAUUAUUAUGUCUGUACUAGGCAACUAAUUCAGACUGUCCUGGUUGGGAAUAUUCUGUGAUGCUCUGACUCCCCUCGUCUGUAGACGGAAUUGGCAUAAGGUCUAAUUUGUGUAGUAAGCACCUUUGUUCAUACUAGUAGUGACUGCAUUCUUGAUUCAGCCUGAUAGCUACCAUGCUGCUGUCAAAACCAACCAGAGGGGAGCUUGUUCUUCUGCUGUACUGUGCAGUGACUGGCCUCACCCAGGACUUUGAUGUGAGAAUGAGCACUUUCCUCUAUCAGGAAAUUUCAAGUGUUUCCUGUUAUUCAUAGCUCAAUGUAAUGCCUCAGUUCAUUUUCAGUUGUUUGAUUAUAUGUGACUAAUAUGUAUUUUUUAUUCAAACAAGACUUCUGUACAUGUUUCUUCAAAACAGUUUAUUAACUGUCUUCAGUCUUGGAUUACAUCGAGUUUAUAAUUUUGGCAAAUUGUUAAGACACUGUGAAGUCAUCGUUAACCAUGUGCAUACAACUUAAGGAAUUUUUUCCUCCUCAUGUAAAUUUUACUUUUCAUGCUUAUAUAGUUUCAACUUUUAUCUUCAUAGUAAUUUCUCAUCUACUCAUAAUACCAAAAGUUAAGUCAUGCUGUUUUGUGUGCUCUCUUGCUAAAGACCGCAGAGACCAUACCUGUUGUCAAAGAGGGUGUAAUAAACUGUAAUAAUAAUCAUGACCACAAACCAUAAA